AUGGAUGAUAUGGAUGAUGAUUUUAUGGAUGAUCAAGACUAUGGCUUGGAAUAUUCAGAUGAUUCAGUUAGUGAACCUGACGUUGACUUAGAAAAUCAGUAUUACAAUGCAAAAGCUCUAAAGGCAGAGAAAGACACUGAUGGUGCUCUGAAGGCUUUCGAAAAUGUUUUGGAGUUAGAAAAUGAAAAGGGAGAAUGGGGAUUCAAAGCACUCAAACAAAUGGUCAAAAUCACGUUUACAGCGAAUCGUUAUGAUGAAAUGCUGGCUUAUUACCGAAAGUUAUUAACUUACAUUAAAUCUGCUGUUACAAAAAAUUAUUCAGAAAAGUCGAUAAAUUCAAUUUUGGAUUACAUUUCGACAUCAAAACAAAUGGGUUUAUUGCAGAUAUUUUACGAAACAACCUUGGAAACAUUAAAAGAUGCUAAGAAUGAACGGCUGUGGUUCAAAACAAAUGCCAAACUUGGAAAGCUUUAUUUUGACCAAAAAGAGUUCGGAAAAUUAGAGAAAAUCAUCAAGCAAUUGCGGAUUUCAUGUAAAAACGAGCUCGGUGAAGAAGAUCAGAAGAAAGGUACUCAGUUGCUUGAAAUUUACGCUCUGGAAAUUCAAAUGUAUACCGAACAAAAGAAUAAUAAGGCAUUAAAGGAUCUGUAUGAGCAAAGUUUAUGUGUUAAAAGUGCUAUACCACAUCCUCUAAUUAUGGGUGUUAUUCGUGAAUGUGGUGGUAAAAUGCAUUUACGAGAAAAGCAGUUCGAUAAAGCUCAUACUGAUUUCUUCGAGGCUUUCAAAAAUUAUGACGAAAGUGGGUCAGAAAGGAGAAUUGCUUGUUUGAAAUAUUUGGUUUUGGCGAAUAUGCUUAUAAAGCAAGUUAACUUGACUUUUUUCAUUUGUUUCGAAUCAGGAAUCAAUCCAUUUGAUAGUCAAGAAGCAAAGCCAUUUCGAAACGAUCCGGAAAUAAUUGCGAUGAAUCAACUUGUGGGAGCUUAUCAAGACAAUAACUUAGUAGAAUUCGAAAGUAUUCUAGAAAAAAAUCGGGAUGCUAUCAUGGCUGAUCCUUUUAUUCGUGAGCAUAUUGAAGAACUACUCACUAAUAUCCGUUCUCAGGUACUGAAAAAUCUAUGUGUGCCCUAUUCUCGUAUAUAUUUGUCAUUUCUCGCAAAGGAACUUCGAAUAAAUGAAAAAGAUGUAGCCAAACUUCUUGUGGAAUUAAUUCUUGAUGGUGUAUUGAAUGCCAAAAUUGAUGAAAUCAGGGGUGUUCUGAUUUCUGAACCAGUUAAGAAAGUAACAAGGUAUUUAUUGUUGUUUUCUCUGAAAUUAGAAGGAAUGAUGUUGUCUGUGGUAUGGAAUCAAACUUCAUGCGCAGCAAUUGACAAGUGCGUGAAACAAAUUUCCGCGCUCCAGAUUUCUAUGACUAACAAAUGUUUAUAA